AUGGGGCUCCCUGGCUCCAGCGACAAAGGCAAGGCCAAGGACAUCGUCAUGGGGGACCCGUGGGCUACUGGCGCCCAGAAGCUCGCUCCCAUUGCCAUCCCAGCUCACCAACGGAACGAACUACAGGACCUGCUGCAGACCCAAGAGCACGACGACCUGGUGGCCGCGUUGGCGCCCGCGUUCGCCAACCUACUGGACACCCGCGGCAACCACAUCGACGCGGACCUCCUGGCCUCCAGCACCGAGCACAACUACGUCGCCGUCCACCCCGCACUCAUGGUCGACGGCGCCGCCUCUGAGACUGCUGGCGGCAUCGCCAUCCUGAUCCCCUUCGAUGGUGCUCGCGACGCCCUCUCCCCCACCGCCGUUGCCGAGCUCCUCUCCGACGAACCCGAGAUUAUUGCCGGAGCUCGCGCACUCGCACUACGCAGCAUAGCCCGUGCCAUCUGGUUCCAGGACGUCAAGCUUGCCCGACUGCUCCACGCCGACACCUCCGCUGGCGCAGCCCACCUCGUCAUCCACAACAACCAGCUUAGCCUCGUGGAUCGCGCCGCCUUCGAGGCUGAGCACUCUACCACGCAGCUCCAGAUCGCCGACCAGUCAGGAAGCGAUCCCAAGUAUACACCAAUCGGCACCUACGUGACGGCGACUCCAGAUGCACUACAGCCGCCAGCUGGCGCCGCCUCCCACGACUCCAUGAAGUACCUGCACGAACGCGCUGAAGCUUGGGCCGAGCGCUGGGGCGACAUCGACGACCACCAGGACUGGAUGGACUGGUGCGUCUCCUAUGUGACCGCCGUGCCGCAGCGACCGCAGUUGGAUGCGCACUUCGCCCUCGACGACGCCUUCGGCUCCGACACGGCCCGCCGUGACAGGGCGGUUGAGAUCUGCGCGAUGGCAUGGCAGCGCAGCUGCCUCGUUGCCUCGUGGGCGGUCAGCGCGCGCCUGCAUAGCGCCCGGGCCGCUGCGCUCAGGGCGGUGCUGCCGCCAGGUGCCUGCCGGAAUGUCGACGUGAGCUUCGCGGUGAUGGAUGCCGGGGGGGCCUGUUUGGAUCCCGCCCACGCUGCGCGCGCCGCCCCAUUGCGCCACUGGGGCAUGGCCUAUUGGCUGGCUUGGGCACACGCGGAGGAGCUUGGCGCCGUCUUCAUGCAGGCCCAGGAUCGCUUGGCGAACCUCCUGGCGACCGGCCGUUCGCUGUGGUCCGCCGUCGCUGGCCCUGCGGCGGGCGUCAUCGUCUCCGCCUGGCAUCUGGGGUGGACGUGCCCCGCGCCGAGACGUUUUGCAGACGACCUCGGCGAGCCCGCCCCGCGAUGGUGGCGGCCGCGGUGCAAAGAUCGGUUGGCCGUUGGCGUGCGCGGCGGGUGGUGUCGACGCUCCCUGCCCUCGUCAGUGGCGAUCCUGACGUGCUUCUGGACCAGGGCGCCGGCGCGGUCACUGUCCUCGUGGGCCGCCCCCUCGCUGCCCUGGUCAAGGGACGCGGGCGCCCGGGCAGCACGGUGCCGCAGUGGGGGGCAAUGGCCGCAGGUGCGUCCCUCCAAGCUGCGGGGCGCUGGAGUCACGGACAAGGCCUGCCAACUCUGCGGGGUCACGCCCGGCACCAUCUUGCAUCGCCGUGUUUGCGAGGCCUCGAGGCCCCCGGACGGGUGGCCGGAGCCGCCGGAGGCAUGUGGGCGCCUACUCUCGGCGAUGUCGGACGCCCGCCUCGCGCUGCUCCGGAUCCUUCGGCCUUUGCAGGAUUUCCGGCGUACAGGUUGCGCUCUUGUCGUCGUGUCAGAGGCUGGGGGCCUCGCGGCAUACGGCUCCGCCGCGCCUCCGCCCUGGAUUCGCACGGCCGCGGCUGCAGAGCUCUGGGCUGUCAUGCUUGUGCUGUCCAUCACGCUCACUCCGUCUGUCAUUCGCACCGAUUGCAGGGCGCUCCUCGCGACUGCGGAGGCAGGGUCAGCACGGGCCACCAAGCCAACGCGGAUGCUCGCUCAGAUCUGGUCGCGCGUGGCCACGCUUGUCGACGGCGACAUCUCGACUCUGGUCACGACCAGCAGGCUUACCUGGAUGCCGGCUCAUGGCGCCCAGACCGCGAUCGGCGCGGCACUGAGGUCGGACGGCCACGCGGUCACAGCAGCGGAUUGGAGGGCCAACCGCUUGGCGGGCAUGAUUGCCAAAGCUGCAGCUGGCUGUCCGCAGCCGUGCGGCCCGGCUUCGGGGCUUUUUAAACUCGCCGAAAAGCUCGUGGCGCACGAGGGCGCGGUCCUGGGGGCGGUCACCCACGCCGCGAACAAUCGCGUCCGCGAGUUGGUCGGGCCUGGCGGCACCCUCUGGCGCGCCACGGUGCGCGACGCGGCCGCCGUCCGGCGCCCGCGGGGUUCGCCCCGCCCGCCGCGGCGCGCGCCGCCGACGCCGCAGCUGCCCGCGGGGGCGCCGCCCCCGCCCGCCGCGCCGCCCGCCCGGCCGCCGGCGUGCCCGGGGCGGGCCGCGGCGCUGCCCGACGCCGCGUCCGCGGACGCGGCCGCGGAGGACGCGGUGCCCUGCGUGUCCCUGCUGCAGCGCGGGCCGGCCGGCGGCGGCCUGCGCCCGCCGGCCGGCCACGGGCAGGGCCAGAGGAAGCCGAACAUCGUCCUCUGGCUCCCGGACGACAUGUACCUGUCGGAUUUCGCCCCCUGGCAGCAGAACGACAUCGCGCCCCCGGUACCAGAAGAUAUACCUAUAGGCUCGAUCCCGAUCCCGGUAGGUGGGGACUUCGCCGCCAAUUUCAACCGUAUUCCGAGGCUGGGCGCCACGUUCACCAACGCGUACUCCACGUCCUCCUCGUGCACGCCCUCGCGAUUCUCCAUACUCACCGGGCGCUACCCGUCCAGCAGCCAGUACGCGCAGGAGUGGAGCAGGGAGUUCUUGGGCAGGGCGGAGCCGGCCUGGGUGUCCCCUCGGGUCAGUGUCUUUGGCGAGCGCGACAAACAUGAUAAUGUCGCCCGAGCGCUUCAGAAUUUGGGCUACACGACCGGCAUGGUGGGCAAGUGGCACCUGGCAGCGGAAGCAGCGUUCACCAUCCCUUAUGCGACACAGCAGAAAAUGGUGGAGGAUGCAGGUUUCGAUUACGUUGACGGUUUGUACAUCACGAAUUUGGACGACGAAGGAGGCGAGUCGCUCUCGCACAACAUGGAGUGGGUGACCGAGAAAGCGCUCGCCUUCAUGGACAGCGCGACGGGCACGGAUCAGCCCUUCUUCCUGUAUUUCAACCCGACGUUGCCACAUUAUCCGCCAAAAUUAUCGGAGGAUAUGUUCGAUGACCAAGUCAAGAGAACAACACCAGCCGGCAUGCUGCCGAAGCUUCCGAACAUCUCUCGGUACUGUUCCAGUUGCAGCAUGGCCUCGCGCGAGGCCGUGUGGGAGGCCGCGAGCAUCUCCGAGGACGAGACUCUUAUGUUCAAGUUCGCUGGCCUGCGCUGGGUUGACGAGUCACUGGGUGUGCUGUACGAUUUUCUUUCCGAGAGGGGUGCCAUAAGGAACACUUACAUCGUCAUGUCUACCGACCACGGAUCAGCCAAAGGCACACUGUACGAGUUAGGGAUACGAGUGCCACUUUCUGCGUUCGGCCCAGGCAUCCCCGCUGGUAAAUGGGUGUCAGGCCUGGUCUCUCACGUCGACCUGGCGCCGACAUUCUUGGAGUGGGCUGGGUGCUGCUCGCAAGACUCCUUUCCGCUCCCACUGGAUGGUCUCAGUUGGUCGUCGCUCGCGUCCGCUGGGACGUCAUCCCUGGACCGGGCACAGGUUUACGCGGAGUCGAUGCUCGACAGGGCGGUGGUGACCCGAGACCGAAUGAAACGCAUCACGCGCUACGACUUCGAGGCGGUGCUGGCGAACAACGGGGUCGACGCCGCCCACUGUGAACAGGUGCGCAUCAGCGCGUUCGAUAUGGCAAAGUUCGAGAGCGCGUACCCUUCCUGCCACCGUGGCGAGCAGCUGUACAACCUGAGCGCCGACCCCUCCGAGCAGGCGAGCCUGGUGGAGGCUGGCCCGCCUUUUGGGGCGCUGCAGGGGCGCACGGCAGCUUAGCGCCUGCCCCCCGCCCAGGCUCUCGGGGGCAGAUCUCGGCGGCGCGCACGGGGUGGUGGUGGUACGGGGCGAGGGGGCAGGCUUUCUUUGAGAGGGAGGCUGCUUCUCAGGAGGCGCCGGCCCUGCGUCUGCAGAGAAGGCCCGCGCCUUCUAAAGAGCAGGCUCCUUCUGAGAAGCAUUCGCCCCUCCCCCGUACGCCUGUGCGCGCGCCGCCGAAGGUUCGGAGGUGGGCGCUCGUAGCUCAGAGCAGCGCGACCACAGUCGAACAAGAGCAGGAACUGCAAGCCGCCGGCUGCCUGGGUGCGGACGUUUCCGCUCGCCCGCAGCGACUGCACGUAGCGGUGAUCACGCCCGAAGGCGCCGUGGAGCGGCGGCCCGCUGCGGCCUUCGCUGAACUCGCCUGUUUUUUUGUUGUUAUUGGCGCGCAGGGGCUCGAGCUAAACGGUAUGUUGGCGAUGCCGUGGACCG